CCUUCUGGUUGUGUCAUUGGCCAUUGGUAUCUCUUCGGCUGGUCUUGUCUGAGCUCGGUGUGUGAAAAGAUUCCGCUGAUAGAAGUGUGAGUGCGUAGGCUCCUCUGGCAAAAAAAAAUUAAAUCAAAAUAUACCGACUUGAACGAAAGAGCUGGCGAGUGAAAAGUGAAAUCAUCGGAGGUCUACGAAAAAAAGACCCGUGGAGAGGAUUUCCCUUUUGAUUUUGGGGUCGUUUUGGAAUUUUCCGAACAAGUGACUAACUAUCCAAACCGGUAGAUUUAUAAUUCGUUGCGUCGAAAACUGAGCAGGCAAGAUUCUCGAAUCUCGAUUGUGCACAAAACCAAACAAAAGAAUACCAAUCCCAGAUGCAUCGCAUUGAAUUGUACAUAGCGGACGCAAGCACCUGAUAGGUAGAUAUGAGACGAUUCUAUCGAUCGAUUCUAAUAUACCUUCGUGCUUCUGAUUGAUACACUACACAAUGGAAUUUAUUUAAUGUUGAUUUCAUUUUUAUAAUUGAUUCGAAUAAGAGAUGCAGAUCAAAAGAAGGGCUAUCGGAUUUACAUCGCAUAAAGCUUAAAUGACAACAGAAAAUGUCAAAGGUGCUCGUAAUGAUCUCCUUACAAUCACGCUAUUAACUAAAGAGCUGGCAGCCAAUGGGAGAUUCACCAUAUAUUCGUUCUUCAUCGUUGCUCCAUGUGGACGAUGGAGAAGACGCUCGGGAAGAAGAAAUGGCCCAGCAAGAAGGCUGCGUCGUUGACUCGACGUCAACGUACGAAAUAGUGGACUGUAAUUCGCCAGGGUCGAACGAUGAAAUGUGGAGCAAUGUGGUAAAGAUUACACGAGCUACUGAUGCCACCGUUGCUGCGCUCGUUGGUAGCGCAAUGGGUCAAGAGCGAGACGAAGAUCAAGACCGUGAUGAAGAAGAGCAGUAUGAAAUUCAAGAGACUGAAGAAGAACUUCUGCAUCAACAGCGACGAAAAUAUGAACUAGCCAGAUCAUCUUCAACCAAGGAGGAGAAGCAACGGCAGAACGAAGAAAUUUUGAUUAUGAAGUCCAAUUCGGUUUCUUCGGAAAACAAUUCAUGGGAAACGUUUUCGCCUUCAAAACCUGUAAGCGGAGAACAAAUAGAGGCUACUGACCCGGUUGAAAUUCCUCCAUUAGUGCAGACGAAACCGGGAACGUCGAAAGCUUGCUUCAUCGAUGCUUCUUCUUUGUAUGACGAAGAUGAAGUUCCUUUUCCCUCAUUCGUUGACUCCAGUUUCCAAAGGCAGCAACAGGAAAAGAUUUCUAUAUCUCUAUCUGCCAUCCUGAGUGAUGAUGAGAAGCUGAAAAGCGCGAAUGGUCAAGCGCGCAUUGAUGUUAAAGAUCAGUACUCCUCACUGCCAGACAAUGACUUCCUAACAAAUAAGUUGCACAUCAAAGAACGUGAAAACGUUGGGUGCACGGAGGAUGCAAUAGCCCGACAGGAAUCUGAAAGGAAACAAGGAACAUUCUUGUUUCAGAACUCAAUACAGCAGUACUCCGGGCACUCGUUGGAACCCAACUUACAAUUCCCUGAUGAGAACUGUAGUGACAUGUCGUUGCCCAGUGUGUACUCGUCUAGCAGUGAGCCAAAUUUUGAGUACAGUUCAUUGGCAUUGGAUAAUAGUUCGAGGUUUAUGACAACUGGUGGCAUCAACACUAGUGGCUACAAUUCUGGUUCUGCAGAUUAUUCCUCUAGAUUAACUCAUUCGACAGAUCAUGAGCAUUUGCAUUAUCCUGACACACCGUUCAACUCGAUAGUUCAUGUGAACUCCGCUGUUAGCAUUCCCAUGUCGGCUCAUCGGCUGGCAGAAGGCAGCCGGGAGAGUUCAGUUGAUAGGGAUUCACAUUCGACCCCGAUUAAGAUUCCAAAACGUAUGCAGAAACAUGACGAAUCUGCUCCAAUAGUAUCUGGUGGAGCUUCUAUCGAGGAUUUCACUCCAAAAUUAUGUGAAAGUCCCUCAAUUCGACGACGUACCGAUACCUGUCCCAUUGUGUCUGGUGGAAUUAGUUUCGAGGAAAGUUUCAAGCCAGAGGAGCGCAGCAGAAAAGUCAACAGCUCUGCCAAAUCGUGGGUAGUUGAUUUGAAGAACUGCCCAGACGACGAAAAAUCGGCGGCGAUUUCAACUAUCGAACACAAUCGCAGCGGCUUGGGCUUCUUUGUUGACCUGGGAAGCAUCAAAACACCUGAAGAGGAGAAAUCGAUUGUAGUGAACAAUAGGCCGCAGAAUAGAACGCACCAAGAUUUGAUGAAGAAGUCAACGGGUUUCUACAUAGACCUCUCGGAUGGGGAAAGUUCAAGAAGUAAUACCCCAAAAUUAACCAAACCUGGGACGCCUCCAGCUAAAUCGGGCUCAAAUGGCACUAGUUCAAGAUCCGAGUCUGUCGAAAAAGAUGCAAAGAAAAACAUGUUCUCUAUGUUUAUUGACAUCGGGACUGAAGCAGUACCGAAGCCAUCAUCAGUUCCCCGUAGAAUGUCAGCAGCUGCAGCUAUUACAACAACUAAGGAUGAAAGCUCUGUUGUCCAGCAACCAACCAGGCCGGCAAAUUUAGGAUCCGAAGAGAAGAAAAAUUGCUACAUGUUCAUUGAAUCCGAAGCUGUGCCAAUCGUGCGCCGAAGCAAUGUGCCUGCCGUGGCCAAAAACGAAUCCAAACGCCAUUCCUGGAAUCCUACCACCACCGAAGGAACAUUCCAUGAGCGACGGAUCAUGAACAGGGAAUACCAACGAUCGACGAGCGUCACCAGCGACAAAGGCAUCAUGAACAUUUUGGAUAAGAUUCCUCUUCUGUCUAAGACCUCAAGCAUGUCGAUAGACUCAUCUGUUUCGCCAUUUGAAGAUUUUACCUGUUCGAAGUCCGAGCUGAGUACUUAUUCAAAUCAUUCCGUAUCAACCAACUCCGCUCAUUCUAGCAACGAAUCGAAAGUAUCCCCCAAAGAAGUUACAGGAAUUGCAGGUCCGGAUAUGUCAUCAUCAGUGAAAAAGAAACGGAAAGAUGUGAAAAUCAACGAAACUUUUGACAAAAGCAGCCAAGGCUCUGUAACGGAUGGGAUUCUUUCUUCCAACGAGGAUACAUCUCCCGUCUCCACGACGACAGAUACGGACGAUGUAACAUUCCAGAACAACCCAGCAGAUGAACCAAACCCCAUUCUUCCGGUGGACUCCGAAAGCCCACAACACGUGCAAGAAAUCAAAUUAUCCUCUUCGAUUGGUAAGCAGAUGGAAACUAUUGUCGAGGCAGUAGAAAGUUCCCCGAAACACCUUCCCAAUGGCAAAAACCGCAAGGCACAGCACACUAUGGAAACCCUUCAUGCAACAAUUGAAAAGCAAAAACAACUCCUGGAGACUGUUUCGGAAAAUGUGGAGUCCCAGAGCACUUCCUUUGUAAAACUGUCUGACAUGGACAAACCUCCGGUGGCUGCUCCAGCUAAGUUUGAAUUGCACUCCAACACUGGAACUGGAUCUUCCGCCACCACAGGCUAUAUGUCCAACUCAGCUGGUUCGAGUCGGGUGGCGCGCUUGUUUAGCGACACCCACAAGUACAACACGAUUGGACCGUCGCAUCCGACGCAGCUGCAACAGGAACAACAACAGCAGCAGCACAAUUACUAUGCAAAUGGAACGGUGUCUAUGGAACGGCACUCGUGGAAUAUGUCGCGAUCUACGGGAAACAACUUUAUGAACUUGGUAUCCUCAGUGGAGAACUCACGAAGUCUCAGUCGGUUGUUUCCCCAUCUUUCGAAAGCUUUCAGCAACAGCUUGCCAUCCGAUGUCGGUAUGAAUUCCGGCAACCGAGGAUCCGACCUCAACGAGUUCAUUACUUCCGAUUUUUCAUGUACCUCUAGCAUAACAUCCAGUCGCUCUGGAAUUGAAUCUAUCGACGAGUCAAUCUCUAGUCGCCAGCCGCGUCGAUUGGGAGAGGAUCUGCUGAAAAUGUUCCUCCAGGAAAUAGCCACCGACGUGACAAUCGAAGCCGAAUCGAAGAAAAUGCGCGCCCACAAGUGCAUCCUGCGUUCGCGCUGCCAGUACUUUGCUGCAAUCCUGGCGGGUGGAUGGGUGCAGAACGCCGGCAAUGUGAUAAGCCUGCCGGGCUACUCCUACGCGGCGGUGCACUUUGCUCUGUGUCACAUUUAUUCAGGUGCGUCACAUCCACCGGAGGGUAUCAGCCUCAUGGAACUGGCAGCGCUGUCCGACCUACUUGGGCUGGAAGGGCUGAAAGAAGUCACGGCUUACGCACUUCGUACGAACUACUGUCACAAUUUCCAUAAGCCUUGCUCCGGAUGUACCGAUGGUGUAUUGCAAGUUCUUCCGGUGACACUGAACCAUGGUUUGGAUGAUCUGUAUCGAAAAUGCUUAAAAUGGGUUUGCCGUCACUACGUAAAAAUCUGGUCGAAUAAGCAGUUCUCUCAGCUCCCGACAGAUGUAGUGAAUCGCUGCAGGCAGCAGAUCGUUGCUCAUCUGACAUCUGAAACUGUAUUAAACGCAAUUCUCGACAGUGAACAACUGCUAACCGUACUACAUCCUUACAAGUGGUCUGUCGAAGUAGAAAACGUAGUCCGUGAUAUAUUGGAUGCAGCUUACGAUUACAUACAAGACCAUUUUGCAUCUCUGCUAGCUAGUGAUAGUUUCCUCUCGCUAGGCCAAAACUAUAGCUGGGCCAUAUCUCAUGUAGAACCCAUUUUGCUCCGAGCAGCCACGAGCCUAAGUCCCGAUCAAGCUUGCAAAAGCUAUCCCCGUGCCACUAGAUUGCAUAAACUGCUACAAGCCAAAGUACUGACAAUGACAACGACGCCGUCAUCGAAUGAUAGCAACGUGAACAUUCUGAAUGUCUACGAUAAGAAAAAGCUGGACAUCGAUUAUCCCCGAGAGGAGGAAGAAAUGGAUUGGUGUGACGAGUUUGUUGGGAUGGUGAAUGCGAUUCUCUCGGCGGUUGAGCAGUGUUUAAUCAGACAGUGCGCCCGCGCAAUGCGAGUCAAUUCAUGGCAACGAAUGGAUGUCGAAUUGAGGAACAAAAUACAGAAGUUGGCAUGUCUGAUGGAACCGGCUGAGGAUCGCAAGUCUCGGUCGAGGUACUCGUAUUCCUCCCAGACAAGCUCGUCUUCGUCAAUUCAUUCUCGAACGAAUGAUCUCCGCCAAGUUCGGUUAGCUAUUCAGGCGCAUACAAAACGAUCCUACGAGAACCAAAACAUCAAUGUCAAUAACAAGACCACUACGCAGCACACGCAGACAGUUGUUCAUCACAACGAUUUGAACAAUGUUAUCAACAACCAUAGAGCCACAAUAAACGAUCGGAAUAAUUUACGAAACGAUCAUCAAAUCACAGAAAACGGAAAACUAUCCAAGACGGCUUCCAAGAGUAAUGUUCCUGUGGAAGCGAAGGUAACAAAGGCGCCGAUCAAGGUGGGACUUCUCAGCAAGAACAAUCUGGCGAAUCAUAAACGCUCUCAGUCAGAAGACAUGGGAUCGAGGGUCACGGCCAAAACUGAACCUUUGAAUAAUUUGAAGAACAAACUAAAUAAUGUUAAGCCGCGCUACUUGGAACCGAAAAAGCCCAAAAAUACGAGCAAUCUGCAGGUUCAGAACAUAUCGUCCAGUGGCAGUUCCACGCGCACUUCUAGUCCGGCAACUGGUCGCAAGAAAGGACCAUUAGGAAACAUCACCAAACAUGGUCAUGAUUCUAAUAUUUCAUUAGACAGUCUUUCAUCGCCGGCGAAGAAUACUAAAAAUUUUAAGACGCGUCCAACCAUCAAUGAGAUGGACGUUUCCAUCGAUUCUCUGGCCGAAUCGCUAAAAUCAAGCUCCCUGAAAACGAACAGUACACUGUCACACGAGUCUCUUAUCUAUCAAGAGUACUUUAAAACCAAGGAAACGAAUCUCGAAAAACCUCAACAAACAUACUCAAAAUCCAACCCGAUGAUAUUCAGAGAUCGAACAAACGGUCCAAAAUCGAUCGAUUCGAUAGCGACCAAUAAAAGUGCACCGCAAAACAAAAGCAAUCUCAGGCCUAGUGCCCCGAGCAGCUCUAGGCUGGGACAAAACAAACUAACUCCUUCAGCGCCUUCUGGCAUAAAUCGCACUGCAUCCUCUGCCAGCGUUAGUUCUACAUCUUCCUCCUCAUUCGUAAAGAAAAGUUUUUUGUCACAGCGCUCGCGCGAAAUACUCGCCCGACGAUCGAACGACACAAAGUCGAACUCGAACAAUUCCAGCAAUAAAUCCGCUGCUUCUUCACCCAGCCUUUUGUCCAGGGACAAGUCAACGGCCAGUGAUGUAACAAAGUCCGGCUCGACUGCUUCAAUAACGACUCAUGGUUCCGGAACGCGAAAAGUGUUCAACACUACGCUGCAUCUCCGCAAGACUGCCAAACUGCAGCCGGAUUCAAUUCCGACUGCCAAACAGUCAAGCGAACAUAAAUCCAAGAAUAGCCUCAUUCCGAUCCCUGGCGGUGGCCCACAAUCGCGGAAGUCAUCGUCGACGGUGUACCGAUCUUCCAGCACUAGCAGGAACAGCGAUGCCGUUAGAGUCCUGAAGAAUGUGACCACAGUGCUGAUUCCGGCGCCGGUGCCGCCGUCGAUGCUCGUCGGGAAUAAUUUUCACGGAGACGCCUACACAUCUUCGUCGUCGGAUUCGAGUAACGGCAGCGCCGACAACAAACCAAUGAGAGUAGAAUCAAAACUCGAACGUUCGAAUACGUUCUGUAUGGAAGCUUCCGAUAAUCCGGUGGUCCUGCAGAUAGUGGAGUAAAACAUGAGGAGUAAGCCAGUAUGAUUUUUUUUGGCACCGUGUGAUAAGCAGAUUGUGGGCGAUAUUGGAGCUGCGGUUUACAAAUUCCCCAUGUAGGUACUUGGCAUAAGCUUUAGGUAAGUGCGGUGCGUUAAGCUACCGGCUAAAAUUAUGACGCACUGUUGAUCAUUAUUAAUAAUACUUAUAUUGACCACAAGUAAAUUAUUCUGUAAUCAAAUUAGGGAAGUGAUACAAAUAGAAGAUCAUAUUUUGCGCUGGACAACUUUGGAGAUAAAAUACUAAAAUCAAUCCGCUUAGUAACUGUUCAGACGGAACGAACAUGUGCUUCAUCACAUCCUAUCUAGUCAUUUAUUUAUGUCAGAAUAUUGUGUUUUUUUUGUCUUGCAAGAGACCAUCGGCAGCAAUUAUUUUACAAUGUUUGCUAUCGCAAAAGAGAGAACAACUGUGCCGAUAAACGGACUGUGAUUGUGGUACAUUUGAGCAGUAUUUUUUUCUGGUAGGCAUCCAAAUGGCGAGUGUAUAGUUGUAUGUCGCUGGUCGGAAUUGAUUCACAAAGUGGAUCCGCGCUGUAAGAACUGAACAUAACUAUUUCAUGAUAAGUAAUAAAAGCAUCUAGAAUAGUUAUAUGAUCAACUAUCGCUUCAUCUAGGGCAGUUGCAAUGACACUUAAUACUACGAAAAAGAACUGCAAAUGCUACUCAAAUUGUACUUAAGAUCGGCAAUAAUAUUGUAAAAAGGGAAUUAUUCUCUCAAACUUAUAGUUUUAAAUUCGGAUAUUCGUAUACUUAUUGUAGUUGAUUAGCUGAUAUAUGUAUCUUUCUAUCUAUACAGAAACUGCUUUAUGAUUGAGAUAUAAACGAACAAAACCAAUCGCUAAUAAAAGAAACCACCACCUAUUAGGAGAGAUAUUUUUUGCUACUACCCACUACUGCUACUACUAAUAACAAUGUUUGCAUUUUGAGCGAAAAUUUUUUGAGAUGUGUUGAGAAUGGUAGAUUUUAUUCGUGUGUUGGAUGUAAUGUGGAUGGCCAUAUUUGAUUGGCAUGGGAGUUUAUUCAUCUAUUGACGUAUAACUUUGACUUUAUUAUGGAAUACGAUAAUUGUCGGCCGUAACUGCAUUACGUAAAUUGGAUUAGAUUAUUACGUUCAAAGUGUACCCUUUAUUUUUUUUUUAAGAAUAAGGUUAUUCGAGUUGAUUAUUGAAAAGGAAUGCUGUAGUUUUCUUAUGUUUGGAAUCGUGUUGCAACUUGUGUAUAAAAAGUGUUGCUGGAUAAUUCCCAAAAGAAUCCAAAUGCUUCCAAUAAGGCCCAACAGCUUAACUAGAAAUGUAUCAUCUCAAUGACCUUUGAUUUAAAACUAAAUUUAGAUUAGAAAACUAUAAGGCUACCCGCGGAACAUUAAAUUUGACCUGAAAAAGUGAGGAAAUGUGAUAUACCACGUGGUCAGUUUUGGGGGUAUGGCAAAUGCCCACGGCUCAUACAAAUUUCUGAAAAUUUAUUUGAGCAUUUGUCCACGCUGGGGGAGGGGGGUAUCUGAAACUGACCAAAACCUUAUGUACCAAAACCAACCUUUUUUGUACAUUUUGCCCCCCCCCCCCCUUCCGCAUAAAUCCGGCCCUGGGUAUAAUACAUCAUGGGUCCGAGCCUUCUAUAAAAAGUUUGAUUUUGGAAUAGCCUUUCUGUACAACUUUGUUGUAUGAGUAAGACAAACACAUUCUUCAGAUUUUUAUCAUACAGGGAGUUCAUGCCGUAUGAAGUCCGUAUGAAGUAAAUGAAUCGCCAUUUCUUCAAUUACUGAAUCUGGGAUUCAAAGUUAUUAUGUCAUCUUUUUGCAUCUUAUGCAUCAUAAAAUAAGUAACAUUAAAAAGUCUAACAUUUGAACGUAUUAAUAUUAACCCAAAUGGUUCUGUCUCAUUUCCUACAUCAAUUAUUAAAUCAAAUCAAAUUUAACCAUUCAAAACGCGCGCAGUCUUGCAACGCUCGUGCAUGCUCGGUCGUGUUGUACAUCGCGAGCGAUGUUCUGUCGUUGGUGUUGUACAAAAUGCAACAGCGUGCGUGCUCGAGUAUUAAACUUAACUAUUUUAGGAUUGUUUUACGCAUUUUUCACAUGAGUGAGUGUGUAAACAAAUCCAAACAAAUUUUGGGAAAAAAUUGUUCCAUAGUUUUUGGGUAGAACGGCUACUUUUUAACUUAAUUUUAAAUUUUGAACUAUGAACAUUCUUUAAUGCGAAUUGCGUCUCCAUUGUAUAAUAUCGGGAGUAUAACUAUUUACAUUUAGUUGUGUUUCAACACGGGGAAUGGCCUCUGUACUAAAAUAGUUUUCAAUUCAAAAUUUAAAAAUCCGUACAUUUUGCCAAAAAAUGCAAAUCCUAACUUUAUGUUAUAAUGUUCAGAAAAAUCACCAUAAGGACACUGUUUAAAAUGUAUUUAUUUAUUAGUGAGAAUCUCAUUUGUCUUGAAUUAGUGUAAUCAAAUUACCUACACUGUAAUUGUUUAUGUUGAAAUUUAUGUUUAGCUGUUCAGGUAACUUACGUUUGUGCGCACUUUGCGAUUCUCCUAGAGAAGUUUUCGAACCGAACGCUUAUCAGUUAGGAUUAAACAAAAAUUAACGACAGCACAUUCCCUCCAAAUAUACACAGUUUUUUUUUCUUCUAAAUAUGCUGUAGUUUUUUUCACUAUAUUUACUAAUAAUUCUAAAUUUAUUUACGUAUAUACACAAAUCAUUAUAGCAAAGAAAACUUAAGAGCGUAUAUAACUUUUACACCCAAACUCUAUAAAUUCAACAUUUCCAAACAGCCCAAACUAUACAGCAGCAGCUAACAAGUGUUAAAUAAAUGAAAUGGCCACAUAACUAUGAAACACUAUCCAAUAGAAACAGCUGUUUAAAUUUGUUCGUUCAUAGAACUCUAGUCAUUUGUACAAAUAUAACAACAACAAAUAUAUGUAAAAUCUACUACAAAGACACAGCAAAGCUCGGUUCAGCAUUAAAUUAGCCGAUGAAAAGUGUUGAAUUUAUGAGUAAUCACAAUUACUACUAACUUAAGUCGUCGAAUAUUGUUUUUUUUUUCUUGUCUUGCAAGUGCAAACUCUACAUAUUGUCAUUUUCGUCCGAUAAUCGUUUAAUUUAAGGUUCUCAUAGGUAACAGAUUAAGGAAAAAUGUGAUUUACGUCCGUAGGAACAAAUUCGUCGUUCGUUUAUUUUGUGAUACGUUUGAAUUUACUUUUCCGUUCUUAUUAAAAGAGACCGUUCACUGUGUAGUUUGUCUGAUUAUGAUUGAUGCUUGAGAUGGCACAGAUAAACAGUGUGGAGUAUGUCGAAACGGUGUAACCAUGGCGUAGCAGCCGGAGGUUCAAUAUGGUCUAAUAAAUAAGAAUUUAAGAUACUUCAA